AUGGAUGACGGUGACGAGCCGGGUUUAGUCCUCUCGCACAACACCUCCUCAGGCUCCAAGUCCGGCGGGGACAAGAUGUUUUCCUUGAAGAAGUGGAACGCUGUGGCCAUGUGGAGCUGGGACGUGGAGUGUGACACCUGUGCCAUUUGUCGGGUACAGGUGAUGGGUGAGUCCGGGGAACUGACGAUGUUAGUCGGCGAGACUAGUCUGGAUACUGUUGUGGCUAACGCAGCUAAUAUCACCUCCACUAGCUUAAGCCUGGAGCACAGUGCGACUCUUACGUGUUUUUUCUUGAUUUGCAGACGCUUGCCUCCGAUGCCAGGCGGAAAACAAACAGGAGGACUGUGUUGGUGAGAAAUAACCACAAUAACUGUGUACUGCAUUUAUGUAGUUUACCUUCAUUUACUGUGUUGAUCACUGAAGCUAACAUUAGUUAGCAUCUCUACCAGAGCUGUCAAACAAACACCGUCCAAACCAGCUAAUCACGGAGGAAAGAAGAUUUAAUCAUACUGGCUCUUUUCCUCAAAAUGGAGACAUGAACCCGAGUUCGCAUAGUCGGAUAGUGUCAUUGUGUUGCUUGGGUGUAACACUAACUUGUUUAGAAUUGACUUUAAUACUUAACACCCACCAAACUAGUAAGUAGGGGUGUGAGAAAACAUCGAUACGGCAUAGUAUCGCGAUAUAUCGCGAUAUGUUUUUACCGAGUAUUGGGGUUAGGGUUAGGUUUGGGGUUAAGAUUAUGGGGUUAGGGUUAAAAUCACUGUCCAGGACCUUUUUACAACCACAUUUCAGACCAUUUGAAAUCAAUUGGUACAAGAAAAAUUAGGAAAAUGACAAAAAAAAUUUAAAUUAUAAGUUUACGUUGGGGUUGGGGUUAGGAUUAUGGGGUUAGGGUUAAAAUCACUGUCCAGGACCUUUUUAAGAAGCAGGUUUCAGACCAUUUGAAGUCAAUUUCUAAAGUAAAAGAUUAGGAUAAAGGUCUAAAAUUUUAACUGUUAGGCUCACGUUGAGGUAACUUUAGGGGUUAGGGUUAUGGGGUUGGGGUUAAGGUUAUGGGAUGAAGGUGAUAAUCACUGUCCAUGACAUUUUUAGUAGCACGUUUCAGACCAUUUGGAGUCAGUUGCUACCAAAAAAUGUGGAAAAAUGUCAACAAAUAUUCUAGUGUUAGGGUUAGGGUUAUGGGGAGUUCCAGACUCAUUUACCAAGUAUCGGUUUUACAAAUUAAUUGCUAAUAUGAAGUCAAAUCUAUGAUAAUGGAAAAAUAAAGUCAACUGUUUGACCAGUGAGGUUGGUAGAGGUGACAUCACAGAGCAGGAGAAAGUUAGUACAACAAAUAUAUAUAUAAGGUUUGCAAGAUGUGCUACAUGAAAAUAAAAUAAAAUGUAAAUAAGGCAAACACAAAGGAAGGACAAAUGCUGAAUUAGCUUAACAGUUGAAAAAUGUGUAUAAAUCGCAGUACAUUGAAUUGCAAUACUCACUGUAUUACAAAAUGUUAAAAAUCACAAUAAUAUAGUAUUGUGAUAAUAUUGUUGGGCCACUGGUGAUUCCCACCACUACUAGUAAGUGUAAUAGUUGACCUCAUCAAAGCAUGAUCAAGAUGUGUAGGACUCUGCUUUAAGAGAAGUAAUAAAAGACCUAUAAAUUCACUGAAAACCUAAUCCCUAUUAAAAUAAUUUUUGUGUUCUCUUGAGUAACCUGAAGUAAUCUCUCUUAAAAUUCAACCUUUGUCUCUUUUUGUGUUUCCUUGUCUAAAUGUUUCUUUCAGUUGUUUGGGGUGAAUGCAACCACUCCUUCCACAACUGCUGCAUGUCCCUCUGGGUGAAGCAGAACAACCGUUGUCCCCUCUGCCAGCAGGACUGGGUGGUUCAGAGAAUCGGCAAAUAA